ACUAACCUUGAAUUGAAAAAAACACAGUAGGAAGAGGUUUUAUUUUUCAAUUAAUCAAAUAACAUUCUUUGAAAAAAAAAAGGAGAUUCAAAUAAAUACUGACUCUGUGGAGUUUUUGAAGAGUUUAAGGUAAUCUACUGCUUUGCUAUAACAGGAUUGUGACUGAGACAAAAUGUCUACACAAUUUGUAAGAGGCAGUAAUAGCCCCAGACAGCCACCAAACCCCCAACGCAUACAAAGCUUACUCGACGAGAACGGCCAUCUGAUUCAAACAAUCCAAGACUACCAGAGCAAAGGCAAAUGCCAAGAAGUAGUCCAAUACCAAACCCAGCUGCACCGAAACCUGGUCUUUCUAGCUACAAUAGCCGACAACGCCCAGAAUGUGAAUUCUCUUUUACCAAUGAUUCAGUCUAGUGCUCCUAACGGACCACCACCAGCAGGUCAACCGCCACCAGGCCCUGGAGGACCACCCCCACCAGGUGGGCCACCUCCCCAGCAACCAGUCCAUGGUCCUCCGCCACCUCAACAGCCCGCCCAAGAGCCUCAACACAUGAGCAACUACAACCAUCAGCAGCAACCUCCUCCGGGAGGCUACAGACAACCUCCUGGACCGCCUCAACAAGGCAGGCCUGGUCCUAGUCCUACUGGACCACCACCACCUGGACCUCCUGCACCGCAUCCAGGUUAUCCGCAAAGGGGAUAUCAGCAACCUGCUCAGUAUCCUAAUCCUAACCAGUAUCCACCACAAGGACAAGGCUAUCCUCCUCAGGCGCCUCCUCAAGGGCAGUAUCCGCCUCCAAAUCAGCCGCCUGUUUAUCCACCAAAUAGUCAAGCGAAUUAUGGACAACCGCCUCCAAGUAGCGGCUAUAACAAUUAUCAACAACCAGCUUAUGGUAAUCCUCCGCCAACAAACACCCCACCCCAAGGAGCCACCGCAACGGGUCCCUACCCUUCACCUAAUGUCCCACCACCUCAAUCUCAGUCACCCUAUGGCGCUCCACCCAACGGACCCGCUCCCUAUGCAGGACCGCCACCGCCACAAAACUAUCCACCGCCGCAAGGCAAUUAUCCACCCCCACAGCAAGGCUACACUCCGCCCCCUGCCCAGGGAGCUCCACAACAACAAGGCCCGCCGCCACCCCAAGGACCACCGCAACCUGGGCCUUACGGACCUGGACCUGAACAAGCACCUCCACCACCACAACAAGGUCCUCCUCCACAAAAUUAUGGCCAAUCCAAUGCGCAAUCGCCACCAUUUUCGUCAUCGCCAACUAGCAACUCGAGUCCACCUGUAAAUAGUGCUCCGCCACCUGGAAGUCCUGCAGGACCGACUCCACCACCCCCAACGUCGCAGCCCUAUCUGGCUCAACCACCUUAUAAUCCAAAUCCACAGGCAAAUCCCAAUGCUGGAUACACUUCUCCACCGAAUCAGUACCCACCGUAUGGUCCACCUAGCGGAGCAAACUACCCUCCCCAACCCAAUUAUCCACCUCAACCACAAUAUGCUCAGCAACCCCCUCAAGGCUAUCAAUAUCCCAGACCUCCGGCAGGUCAUCCGGGCGGCCCUCCUCCACAUCCAGGCCCCCCCACUCAUCAAGGCCCUGCCGGACAUCCGGGCCCUGCAAACCUACCUGGACCAGGAGGACAUGCUGGACCUGGAGGACACCCAGCAAAUCAUCCAGGACCUCCUAGCCAUCCAGGACCUGCAAGCCAUCCUAGUCCUGGAGGUCAUCCUGGGGCUGCGAAUCAUCCUGGACCUGGAGGUCAUCCUGGGCCUGCUGGACAUCCGGGACCGGGUCAAGGCCCGCCUGGACCUCCGCCUCAAGGACAGUAUGCGUAUAAUUAUCCUCCUCAGCCCAAUUCACAGUAAAUUAUUUUUAAUUAGAUAAGUGAAAAAUGCAUCUAUAUUAUCUAUUUGUGUUUUUAUUUUUAAACUAAUUUCUUAUUCUUUUUUUAAUUGUUACUAUUAGGUACUUUAUUUGAAUGACUUUUUUAAUUAAGCCUGAAAUAUGUGCCGCCAAAACUUUUUUUUGGGGGAUUAUAUUCAUUUUAGAUUUAAAUAAAUAGACAUAGGUAAUUUUUCUAUGUAGGAAUUUUAACUUUUGCCAAAUGUUCAAAUUAUGUAAGAAGAAAUCUUGUGCUUGGAAUAUGGAUAAAAAAAAGGCAUAAUUUUUUGGUGUAAAUUGACUUUUAUUAUACCUAAGAAUCAGGAAAUUAUGGGUAUUUUUUUCAAACAUCAAGUCACAUAUAAAAAUUAAUAUUAUUGGUCCAAAAAAUUAAAAUUUUUCAAAGUGUUCUUCAAAUAAAUUGACUUCACUGAUAACCAAAUCAGUUUCGGAAAAAUCGUCAAAAUUGGAUGUGUCCGCUGGACCUUUAAUUUUGGGCCUGUACGGAGGCUCGACCUGUCUAUUAUAGAUACCUUCGAAGUUUGUAUGAUGGAACCAUCUGUGACCUUUAAUAUCAGCACUGCCAUUUCGCAAAUUUCCAAAUCUAGUAGUGUAAUUCAAGAAAAUCAGAGUUUAAUAUUUAAUUAAUUAUAGUUACCUUCUGCUGAGAUCAAUUUGAAGUAAAUUUUUAAUAAGAUCAGUAAGUUCCAUGGUGAAAAAAGGCGGACAUUUAUAUUUGCAAGAGAUUAUUUUCUCGUAUACUUUCAUGGGAUCGGAGGAAGUAAACGGCGGAAAUCCUGCUGACAUUUCGAACAGCAACACCCCAUAGGACCACCAAUCGACAGCUUUGCCGUACCCUUUGCUCAGAAUAAUUUCCGGUGCGAUAUACUCGGGUGUACCGCACAGAGUCCAAGUGCGCCCUUUGACAAUCUAAAAGGUAAUUAAUUAAAGCUAAUAAUCCAAUGGGGGUUUUUAGUUGCCUUGCAAAAUCCCAUGUCGGCGAUUUUCAGGUAGCCUUUCAUGUCGAUUAAAAUGUUUUCAGGUUUUAAAUCACGGUAGAGGACGUCACAAUAAUGCAAAAAUUCGAGGGCUAGUAAUACUUGAGCGGCGUAGAAUUUUGAUAAAUUUUCGUCGAAUUUAUGAGAUCUGAAAAUGCAAAAUUUUAUUUGGAAUAAUUAUUUAAUCGAAUUAUAAUAAUUACUUUCUUAAAUGUGUGAACAUUUCACCACCAUUGAUGAAAGGCAUUAGCAAAUAAAUAAAACUGUUGUCUUUAAAGGAAAACUCCAAUGAGAUUAAAAACGGAAAUCUGGCAGAUUCUAGAAUUUUCUUCUCGUAAAGCGUAUGCUCGACUUGCUUCAGUUUAAUGAUUCUGAUUUUGUCGAUCACUUUCAUUGCGUAGAACGCUCUAGUUUGCUUGUGUUGGACUAAAAACUACAAAACAGAAUCAGAAAUAGUCGAAAAUGGUGAUGGUUUUUGGCUCACCACACGUCCAAACGAUCCGGUACCCAACGUUUUGGUUCGGUCAAAGUCCUUCAGGCCCUCGGUAUCUGAUGGUAUACUUCUUUGCCAUCUGUCGUAAAAUUCUUUACGUAAUUUUUCCAGGGUGUCUGCGUAACCGCUUUUUGUUCUUGUCCUCU